CCUGCGCGCUCCCGCGGGGGGAGCGGGAUCCGAGAGGCGGCGCCGCAGGGGACGAAGGAACGGGCGCAACGUUGGGUGUCCUAGCUUUUGCUCCAAGGCCAGCGCGGAGGACGCGAUGUCGGGGCUCUUCCGCCCGCUGCUUUUGGCCGCUGGCUGCCUGGCCGCGCUCUGCGUGAUGAUCGCGGCUGAUACCACCACCCUGGCCCCGAACAUGACUACACCCUCGGUUCUACCGAACACCACCACGACAGCUCCGGUGCCGGCGCCGACCCUCUCGACGGUCACCACUCCAGCACCAGAAAUCUGUGAAAGCCGCAACAACUGUGUUUCCUGUUUUGAUGCUAAUGCUGCUAACACUACCUGCUUUUGGAUAGAAUGUAAAGGUAAAAGCUACUGUUCAGAUAAUUCAACAGUUAGUGAUUGCAAGGUGGUGAACAGCACGGAAUUCUGUACUGCGCCCACUGCCACACCAUUGCCAACCAAUUCGACAGCUAAAACCACAACUCCGCCUUCCCCUUCUACAGCUUCCACCACAGCUACUACAUCAGGUACAACUAAUACCACUUUAACUCCGACUUCACAUCCUGGGCGGAAGUCUACGUUUGAUGCAGCCAGUUUCAUUGGAGGAAUUGUCCUUGUCUUGGGUGUGCAGGCUGUAAUUUUCUUUCUCUAUAAAUUCUGCAAAUCUAAAGAACGAAACUACCACACUCUGUAAACAGACCUGCUAAAUUUAACAAGGACUGGUGUGUAACUCACUGAAACCAAAAUAUUAUCUUUCAAGACAUCCCACAUGGAAGACGCUAUUCUAGGAUCUUUAAUUUUUCAAGGAUGCAUAUAGGAGCAUCGCCCUUGAAGAAAAAUCAGUGAAAUCUAUUUGCUCAACGGGAAUAUGUAAAAUAUUCUGCAUGAAUCCUUGUGGCUGUCUUCUUUUAUUUUAAAUGGCUGCUGCUGUGGGAUUAUGUUCUCUCUUCUUGACAUGCCAAAUGUAACUCUGUAAGUGAUGGAAAACAUUGUCCUGCGCAGACAACCUCAUGACUCUUUUGGCAAUUUAAAUGUAGUCAUUUUAAAGCCUGAAAGCUGCAUUUUUUCAUCCUAACUCAGGAUGUAGUUUAGUGACCAGAAUUGAGAAGAAUGUGCCAAAUGAGCAUCUAUCAGGUGGAUUUUGGGCUAUCAUUGCAAAAGUGGAAUAAAUUUAUAAAUUUAA